ACUGGCCUGUCCCAGAGCCAUGGCCAAGAAUGGACUUGUCGUCUGUCUCCUGGUGGCCAGCUUACUCCUGGACCAGACCAACGGCUACCCAUCCAGAGGGAAAGCCAGGAAACACAGCAAACGCCGUGUGAAAGAAAAGGACGGUGACCUGAAGUCUCAAGUUGAAAAGCUGUGGCGGGAAGUCAAUGCCCUGAAGGAAAUGCAAGCUCUGCAGACAGUCUGUCUUCGAGGCACCAAAGUUCAUAAGAAGUGCUACCUUGCUUCAGAAGGCCUCAAGCACUACCAUGAAGCCAACGAAGACUGCAUUUCCAAGGGCGGAACCCUGGUCGUACCCAGGAAUUCCGACGAAAUCAAUGCUCUCCGAGACUAUGGUAAGAGGAGUCUGCCAGGUGUCAAUGACUUUUGGCUAGGCAUAAAUGACAUGGUCACAGAAGGCAAGUUCCUCGAUGUCCACGGAUUCGCCGUCUCCUUCUUCAACUGGGACCGUGCCCAGCCUAGUGGUGGCAAGCGGGAGAACUGUGUCCUGUUCUCCCAGUCAGCUCAGGGAAAAUGGAGUGAUGAGGCCUGUCGCAGUAGCAAGAGGUACAUAUGUGAGUUUAUCAUCCCUUAACAAGCUCCUCCUAAAUAUACUCCCGAGUAAGACUGAUCACGGUAAAUAAGCUGGUAGUCCCCCUCAAUA